ACGGUGAUCAUCUACCAGGACCUCAUGGGCUACGAUGAGAUGUUCUCCGACAUCUACAAGAUCCGGGAGGUCGUGGACGGGCUGUGUCUGGAGGUGGAGGGGAAGAUGGUCAGUAAGACAGAGGGUAAUAUUGAUGACUCGCUCAUUGGUGGAAAUGCCUCUGUUGAAGGCCCUGAGGGCAAAGGUACAGAAAGCACAGUAGUCACUGGUGUCCACAUUGUCAUGAACCAGUACUUGCAGGAAAAAAGCUUCACAAAAGAAGCCUACAAGAAGUACAUCAAAGAUGACAUGAAGUCAAUCAAAGGGAAGCUUGAAGAACAGAGACCAGAAAGAGUAAAACCUUUUAUGACAGGGGCCACAGAACAAAUCAAACACAUCCUUGCUAAUUUCAAAAACUAUCAGCUGGGGACUUCCUUGUUCUUUGUUGGUGAAAACAUUAAUCCAGAUGGCAUGGUUGCUCUGCUGGCCUACUGUGAGGAUGGUGUGACCCCAUAUAUGAUUUUCUUUAAGGAUGGUUUACAAAUGGAAAAAUGUUAA